AUGGAUCAGAGAUUGCACCAUCAAGAUUUAUCGCAAUGCGGUCAUGCUUUUUUGGAUUGGGACCCUCCAAAUAAUGCGUUUAAUCAAGACUUUUAUAAAAAAGUUCUUGAUCCUGAAUUGUGUCAAACGCAGUUAAAUUAUAUCCGGAGGAAUAACACUUUUUUGCUAGCACAAUUCCUAGAUGCUGGAAUUAGAAUUCCUAAAGGAUUUUUUUGGGGUAAUAUAGUGGAUAUGGGAAAUUAUCACCAAUGCCUUGCUAUAAGUGACGACAUCGUACAGCCGCCAGUAGAAGGGAAAUAUUGCUUAAUUGGAAUUCCACUAUUUGAAAUUACACCAGAAAAUAAAUUAAUAGAAACAUUUAAUAAAAAAUAUGGAAAUGCCUUUAGUAUGGCGAAAGAAAUCGAAAAUUUAAACAAAUUUCAUCAUAAUAAUUUUUUACUUCUCAGUUCUGACCAUCGCAAUAACGUGAUAAACAUUCAAAUGGCGAUGUGUGUUCCAAAACCAUGUACAACGAGGGAAACAUUAAAUGCUCUACUAUUUAACCUAACGGCCAAUUUUAAAUACGAGGAUGUAUUUUGCAGACUUCCGAAUGAUAAAGCCUGGGUUACUGGAGAUAUUGUUGCUGUAUCUAUAUUAUCAGUUAUUGGAUUUUUAUCAAUAUUGAGCACAGCCUACGAUAUUUGGUACACAAAACUUCAGAAGAAAGAUCCGAAGUAUAUAAAUAAAAUUAUUACCUCAUUCUCAAUCUACAAAAAUACAAGGGAUGUUUUAACUUUUAAAACAACAAGUAAUUCCUUACUGUGCCUUGAUGGUAUUAGAGCCAUAUCUAUGUUAUGGGUUAUUGUUGGUCACAGCUAUAGUUCACAAGUGUCUUAUUCAAUAAAUGUACCAGAUUUCUUCAAAUGGAUGUCUUCACUGGAAGCCAUUUGGAUAAUGGCAGCACCUAUUUGCGUUGACACAUUUUUUCUUUUAAGUGGAUUAUUGAUUGUUUAUGUGACAGCUGCUAAAUACAAUUACAUGCAACUUCUAAAAAAUCUUCAUUUAUUUUAUCUAAACCGUUUGUUGAGAAUGUUUCCACUCCUUGCACUUACGGUUCUUUUGGAAGCAACGCUUUUUAAUCAUGUAGCUGAUGGGCCGUUUUGGAACAAAUAUGCGGAAAAUAUUCAUAAGUGUAAAACAUAUUGGUGGAGCACUCUUUUAUAUAUACAAAAUUAUGUAAACCCAGAGAACUUGUGUUUAACUGCAACCUGGUACCUGGCGAUAGAUGUUCAACUUCAUAUUUUGUCUCCGUUGUUAUUGUUUUGGGUUCUAGGCAGACAAAGAAAAGUUGCCUGGGCGGCCCUCACAUGUGUAUGGUUAGCAUCGCUUACUGCAGCUACAAUUUAUAAUUUCAUUAAAGAAUUUCCUUCAAGUCCAUUGAUGCCAAGUCGAUUCCUGGAAAAUGUAUACUACAUGACAUAUUAUUACAUGAACACUUUAACAAGAGCUAACGUUUUUAUUAUUGGAAUGAUGCUGGGUUAUCUAUUAUAUAUUUGGAAAGGACAUCAAUUAAAAAUAUCAAAAGUAUUAAACAUGUUUCUUUGGAUAAUCAGCCUUUCCAUCUGUGCUUUAAUUAUAUAUUGUAUUCAUCCAACUCUGCAAAUAGAUUAUAAAAAUCAAAUUUUGGACAGCAUUAUAAAUUCUUUUAUGAGGCCUUUGUGGGCUUUGGCUUUAUCCUGGAUAAUUUUUGCUUGCGUCAAAGGUUACGGAGGUCCAAUCAAUUGGUUAUUUUGUUUGAGCUUGUGGAAAUUGCCAGCUCGAAUAUCGUUUUCCUUGUAUCUACUACACAUGCCAUUUAUAGAAAUAAUAAAUGCCACAACAAUAUUUCCCCUCUAUUUUGACGAUCGAGCAAUAAUAUUUAAAUAUAUGGGUAUAUUAUUUUUAACAAUGAUGGUUGGUUUUAUUGCUACCGUGUUAAUUGAACAGCCUUUCAAUAAUCUCAUCAAGUUGGUUCUUGAACCAGCUGCACGUAAAUCUGCAAAGUCUCAAGAAGUGCUUAAACCAGCCAAUACAGGUGAUGGUUUAAUUUUCGAAUCAGGUCCGAAUAAAGAAAAAUAAACAUACUUUUUAAGAUAAGCUGGACUGAAAUUAUAUUACUUUAUGAUAUAAUAAUUGUAAGACUG